UCGGGCGGUUACGCAAGUCACAACCCGCCUCAGCAUCGUGAUUCAAACCGGCCGCGUCGGAUGCACUCCACGCCGCUUCGUUCUAUACGACAAACUGCCCUGGGCGUGGCGGUAGGGUAGGCCCAGCAUGCCAAAGCCUACCGAGCCUUUCUUGCCUUUGGGCCUCACCGACAGCGGAGCGCGCCCUCGGUUUCCCCGGCUUGCCAGUGAGUCGUCGUCUAUCAUAUCCCCGUUGGCUUUGCCUCCGGGGACAUAUGGAUACUUCGACCACGUCGCAACUAAGGGUAGUGCGCCCACCCAACUCGCCCCGGGCAUCCCUUCAUUUUCCAAUGGCUUGGGGCUCCGUAGUCCCCGAGGCAUCAAAGUCUAUUCACCGCUUUCACCUGGCGUCAGAGGUCCAACCGCACGUGCGGCUUCAUUUCUCUCACCCCACCUUAUGCCGACGACGUGGGAGGGGCAGUUCCAUCCGGUGAACAAUAACACCACCGUCCCCCGAGGGACAGACAAUGGAAUGCUCUCGGUUGAAGAGCCAACUGUUGGCGACAGUUGCGUCAACGGGUUAAGCCCCACGGCCAAAGCGUCCAUAUCGCCCACAGGACUAGCCCUUACCGGCCAUCCCCAAUCCAUUUCUGCAGAUUCGCUCGACCCAGCUUUGCAUGGCCGGAUGAACCAGCGGCUGCUUCAGCAAAACGCCCGGAUCCGGGAGGCCUGGGAGGCGGAGCGGAAAUAUCUCGAGGCAAAUCGGGAACGGGCCGAAGAGGUCUACAAGGAAGAGCGAGCGCUGAUGGAGGAAGAACGCGCCGAGUGGGAGGCUGAGAAAGCCACCCUGCUGGCUGAGAUACGGCGCCUUCAACAGCUUGUGCUGGCCUUAGGAAGCGGGUCCGUCGGCGCCCAAAACGGCCUACCUCCCUUCGGCCCUGGUAUCCGGGGGGGCACGGGGGGCUUGUCGCGGACAGACAGCAACGAGUCGACAUCCACGCGGAGGAGCUUUCAGCAGGCGACCCAGAACGGAACUUCAUUUCUGCCCGGGACAGGGCCCAAAACCGUGGAGCGCUCCUCAUCAAAAACAUUGACUGGACUACAAUCUCCCACAUCGGAUUUCCUCAGACCGGCUAGAGAGACCCAGCCUGAUGCCGGCCCCGUUCCCGUUGUCGAUGUCCACGAGAUCCACCCGGAAUUGGAAGGUAUCCGGAUCAAAGCCACUAGCGUGAAGAAAGCUACAUUUAGCGAUUCCGCCUUGGCAAACGCAUCCAGAGCGCCCAGUCUAUCAGACUCUUCUCCCACCGAGUCUGACCAGGCGAAAAGCCCGCAGGAGAAGAAGGAGCAGACACUGCAAGUCUUGGCGGCCAACGAAGCGGAUCGCCUCACCAUGCAUGCUGGCCAUACGCCAAGUCAUUCCCUUUCAGAAUUGGCAACCGUCGCCUCCUCGGGAACAAAUACCGGGACAAGCAGCGGGGGUGGUAGUACCCCGACUAUGACGCAAAGGAAUGGGGUAGCCGCCGGAUUCUUGCCCGUGGCUGGUGAAGGAAAUGGCGUCUCAGAAGCAGCACCCGCUGCCCAGUCACUCUCAAAGAUCCCGGGCAACUAUCCCCAGCUGUUUGACGACCAUCCAGAGCCUAUCUUCGAACCAAACGAGGACCGAGGGCUGAAAGGACCCCUGAUGGUGAGAAAUAUGCCGGCUCAUGACGAGAUUUUCUUCCAGAAGCUUGCAGACAAAUUGGAAGAAGUUACGAGGGACGACAAAGCCGCUUUGCCUGCCGUCUUGCAAGAUCCUGGGCUCGCCAAUGGCAAUGAUGAGAGCGUCCUCAGCCAAGUGAAGACACAUUCCGAAGGCCAAUUCGAUGCCCAGCAACCGGCGGGCGAUGCUGAUGACUCCGGCUCCGCGGGCAGCAGAAGUAGCCCGAGAAGCAAGGACGAAGACGAAUUGGACAUCCCGCUGAAAUUCAAGAAGAAAAUGAACUUUGGCGCUCCCUUUGGCGAGGUUCGGCCAGUACUCCGGGGCCAUUAGGUGCGAGCAUUGUACUGUACAGGACACUAGCCUCUCGUGCUGUCGG